UUUUUCCGUCUUUGAUUGCUUGACAGGUGAACACCAAUCGUAAAUCAUUGCUUUAAUUUUUCCCACCAUUCCCUUCACACGUAGUUUUUCAAAAUGGCCGCCGGGUGAGCAAUGACUGCGUUUCUCUAUUCGCUGUAAGUGUGAAGGGAGUAAUUUCAUUAUGACGAAGGCUCAGCAUCACCAGCAUAUACCAAAGACUCUGGAAAACGCUGGAGAGUUUCGGAUGUUUAUUUAUGAGCUGACAGAGUCAAGAAUUUUUAGCGUUAGCAUCCUGUUCGUAAUUCUUCUCAACACAGUGAUCUUGGUGAUUCAAACUGACGAAGCAUUUGCAGUGAAAGCAGGUUGGUAUCUAUCGGCUCUCGACAACGUCUUCCUUGCUAUCUAUUUCAUGGAGAUCAUUGUGAAGCUGUAUGCCCUUCGCUCGUAUUUCUUCAAGACUGGAUGGAACAUAAUGGACCUACUCAUUGUCCUUUUCACAGUUGUGGACUUUCUGCUGCCGCUGAUCGUGCAGAAUGUAGGUUCCUUCGAUGUGGCAGCCAUCUUUAGGCUACUGCGCAUGUUUAGAGCUAUCAGGGCGCUGAGAGCAUUGCGGGUGUUACGAACCAUCAGGUUUUUGAAAAAUCUACAAGUUAUCAUGACAACGAUCCUAAAAUCGUUCAGGGCGCUGAGUACGAUCGUUAUGCUACAGGGGCUCUUCCUUUAUAUGUUUGCGGUGAUAGGUCGCGGGUUAUUUUAUGAAGUAGCUCCCGCCAGGUUUGGUACUCUGGGGAAGGCGUUCUUCACACUCUUCCAGCUCAUUACUUUGGACGAUUGGUUCUAUAUGUACAGUGAUGUUGUGGCGAGAAAUCCAGGUUAUGGUUACAUCAUCUUUUAUCUCAUCGUCUACAUCGUCCUGGAGAAUUUUAUCUUUAUGAAUCUGUUCGUGGCAGUUCUGGUGGAUAACUUUCAGCGGACCAUCACAGCCGUGGAAAACAAGCCUCACAAGAAAAACAGCGGGAUUCACUUCAAGAGUGUCUUUGAAGACGUAAAGUCAGGCGAAGAUGGAAGUGCAUACUCUUUUUCGGACAAUUCUUUUUCCGAAUUUGAAGACGAGGAGGAGGAAGAAGACGCCGACAUCGUGAUUGCGAAAAAAGUGGAGGACUACUAUCCUAAAAAUAAAUUCUCUGACAGGGAACGAGCUUUCAUCGCCGAAUAUUUUACGCUUCUCGCUUCUUUGGAAUACAACGUGCAAGAGAUGCACAGAGUACAACAGCUGGCAAACGAUCUCGUGGAUAUUACAGUCUCGAUACCUGAUGUACCAGAGGAGUUAAUCUGAAGAAGAUUGGUGAACGGAGGCGGUUACAGAUUUCCCGUCGCCUCUAAAGUUACUUUUGGGCUUUGAAAAUUUUUAAAUUCUGUAACUUAUACUUAAUUUUCUGCAUUUAUCAAGAAAGCCAUUACUUGUUAAAUGAUAUUACACUUUCACGAAAGUGCGUUAACAGAGGAAAGUAAACUUAUUGAUGAAUGUUGUGGAAAUCACUCGCAGGUCAAAUCCUCACACAGUCAUUCAUUUACACCAGCGUCCGUUCCUAGGUUAAUGGGUAAUUCUGAGAACUUAUGCCUUUUGAAAUCCACUUGCCAAAUCGAUCACAUUUCUUAAUUCUUCGUUGUGUCACUUUCAUGCGGUGACAUUGGAAGCAUUUCUACCCAAACAAAUCAAGGAGAGGGCAGAUUGUACUAUCUUGGCCUUUUUCCACCUCUCCCUUUUGAUCUAAAAUUUGUUCUCGGAUUAAAAUUAGACUUUUUUCGCGGACCUUUUCUUCCGCCCCUUCCACGACCCCGAUUUCUUCUCUUUGUAUUCCAGUUUUUUCCCGCCUUUUUCUCUUCCCAUUUAAUUUCCUUGUUGUUGGCGCUCCCUCGUUUGACAUCAUAAGUGCCGCCUCUUGACGCUUUGGAAUUUUCAAGCAGAUGGGCUAACUAGGAAAAAUAUUAAAAAAACAAACAAACGAAUACAAUUUAAAAAAGACCGCAUCGCAGUAGAGCAAUUUUCCAUCGAGUGUCAAAAGUAAUCGGCAUUGCUUUGUUUUUUUAUUUACUUCGUCAUGUGAUUGGCUAGAAACUCGCGCUACUUUCCCAACCAAUCAGAUACAAAGCUAAACCAAUAGUGAGCUGGUCUCUCUUUACCUUGACUUCUCAUUGGCCCGAAGAGUAAUAUCCUUUCUUCUGAUUGGCCGUUGUGAUUACUCUGGUUUUGGUUUUACCACACUCGAUCAAAAACCGCUCUUCUUUAGCAUCGAUGCUCUGAGGAACGUUCUGCUAUCACCUUUCUUUCCGAGCGAGUGUGUCCUCUCUCGCUGACUUGUUAAGAUUGCCUUCAAGUUAUUUAUUUUCGCACUAAAUUCAAAACAGGAGGGCAAUAUCGAACUUAACUGUUAGUGAAAACACCAGAGAAAUCACAACGACCAAUCAGAAGAGAGAAAGAUACCCUAAAGAGCCAAU